AUAAAAACCUGCUCUGUGUCAGUACCUACUCAGUACCUACCUUACGCAAAUAAAGCAAUUUGCAGUUUGCACCACAAUCGAUUUGUAAAUUAUUCAGAAGUGUACACUAUAAACACCAUUUUAAUUCGUCUAAAGUAAUUAGUAAAUAAUUAUAUUUUAGUUAUGUCAUAUCAGUUGUAUAGAAAUACUACUAUUGGGAACACAUUACAGGAAAGCCUUGACGAGUUGAUACAAUAUGGACAGAUAACGCCAACAUUAGCCGUAAAAGUGUUAUUACAAUUUGAUAAAUCUAUAAAUCAAGCAUUGUCUAACAAAGUGAAAUCUAGAUUAACCUUCAAAGCUGGUAAACUCAAUACAUAUAGGUUUUGUGACAAUGUUUGGACAUUUAUGUUAAAUGAUGUAGAAUUUAGAGAAGUUCAGGAAGUUGCUAAGGUUGAUAAAGUUAAAAUUGUAGCCUGCGAUGGAAAAAAUGUGGAAGAUAGAAGAUAAUGGAUUGUUUCCUGAGAAUAACAAUGAAGUAAAAAAACAGACUUUCUAAAGCCUUAUGGAGAAGAUAUGUUGGGUAUUGUUCAACACUUGUGUAAUGGGGAAAUCUCUUUCCAAAUAAAUUAAUUAAGUGUA